AUGAAACGACUUGGUAUUGUUUGGUUUCGAAAUGAUUUACGAUUACAUGAUAAUGAACUACUUGCAUGGGCUCAUGCGAAUAAUGAUUAUGUAAAUCAUAUGUACUGUUUUGAUCCACGUCAAAUAACAGAUAAAACAUACAAAUGUGAUUUUGUCAAAUGUGAUAAAUAUCGAUUGAAAUUUCUCAUUGAAACGAUUGAAAAUCUCAAUACAUCUUUGAUUAGCAAUGGCAGUGGUCUUUUGACCUAUCGUGAUACACCAGAGAAUGUGUUCAAGCAAUUGAUUCAACAAUAUAAAGAUAAAUUUGAAAUCUCAAUUGGUUUUCAUCAAGAAGUUACACAAGAAGAAACUGAUGUUGAAAAAGCAAUACGUCAAUUGGCUCGUGAUAAUAAUGUUCAUGUCAAAGAAUUUUGGACAACAACAUUGUAUCAUCCUGAUGAUUUACCCUAUAAUAAUCCUAAAGCUUUUCCUGAUGUUUUUACACAAUUUCGAGUAGCACUAGAAAAACAAAAUGUUCGAGCAAGAAGUUUGACCAAUAUUCCUGAUAAAUUCAAACCAUUACCCGAUGGCAGUAUUGUUACAUUUAUACCAGCUUUAGCUGAUUAUGGAUAUUCGAAUGUGACUGUACAUUCAAGUAGUGUAUUUCCAUUUACCGGUGGUGAAUCAUCAGCACUUGCUCAUCUACAUUCUUAUAUUUGGGAGAAAAACCUAGCUAAAUCUUACAAACAAACUCGAAAUAGUUUAACUGGUUGUGAGAAUUCAACAAAAUUUUCUCCAUGGUUAGCAAAUGGAUCAUUAUCUCCACGGAAAAUAUGUGUUGAAUUAAAAAAAUAUGAAAAUGAACAAGGUGCAGCUGAUGCUGGAUAUUGGAUUAUAUUUGAAUUACUUUGGCGUGAUUUUUUCAAAUUUACUGCUUUGAAAUAUGGUGCACGACUUUUUUAUGGACGUGGUCUAAAAUCUAAUCCCUAUGAUUGGAAACAUGAUCUACAACAAUUUGAAGCAUGGAGAACUGGUACUACAGGUGUUCCAUUUGUUGAUGCUAAUAUGCGUGAGUUUAUGAAUACUGGUUGGAUGUCAAAUAGAGGACGACAAAAUGUUGCAAGUUUUCUAACAAAAGAUCUUAGUAUUGAUUGGCGAUAUGGAGCAGUAUGGUUCGAAUCAAUUUUAAUUGAUCAUGAUGUUUGUUCAAACUAUGGCAAUUGGGUGUAUGUUGCUGGUAUUGGUAAUGAUCCACGAGAAAAUCGACAUUUUAAUAUGAUCAAACAAGCAUUUGAUUAUGAUUCUAGUGGUGAAUUUGUACGUACAUGGUGUCCAGAAUUAGCUCGAUUACCAAAUGAAUACAUUCAUACACCUUGGUUAGCUCCAUCACAUAUUUUGAAAGAUGCAGCUGUUGAGCUUGGUGUUAAUUAUCCUCGACCCAUUAUUGUUGUACCACAAUGGAACCAACAAUCACAAAAUUGGCGAACAUCAUUACAAAACCAACAUCAUACACAACAACGUGGCAUCGAUUUUUAUUUUAAAAAGCCCGAAAAACGACAUUAG